AUGAACGUCGUGAUGUUGCUUCUGAACGUCGUUGCGCUGGUCCUGGUGUUUUGGCAGCCCCUCUGCUCCCACGACUUGAAACGGCCCGUGAGCCGCCCCUCGGACAGGUGCAAACAAGCCGGGAAAAGAGCCGAGCGCGUCCUGGAAGCGGAGCACGCCAGCCCAUUCGAAGAGUGCGGACAGCUCUUUGGGCAAGAAGACGAAGAAAUGGACAAUUACGUAACGCUCAUUUCAACCUACCCAGUACACAACGUAGAUUAUGAUGAGCAACAAAUAGAACAGCAGAAUAAUAUGAACGAUAUAGAAUUUGAGGAGCUAUUCAACCGAGUAAAUACCCUCUGGAAUGAGACGGUAGAAAAUAUGGUAAACGAGUAUAUCACUUAUACAGACAGUCACCAUAUGGAAAUCCACUGGAGAGAUGAAAUGUGGAACCAAAGGUGGUAUAAAUAUUUGGAGAGUAUACAUGCAGAUUUAAAUAAAUUUAUAAAUGAUGAAAAUUUAUCUUUUGAGACGAGGGAAAAUGUUGCGGAGGAUUUACUCUUUUGGGCCAAUGAAGAUUUUAAGUGGUUCCUAAAUAUAGUGAAGGAAGAAUGGGAUAAUAAAAUCACCUACUCACCAGAGGUUUUGAUCACGGAGGUCUGA